AUGACUGCUACCACUACCUCAAUCUCCGGAUCCAUCACAAAGUCCGUCCUCUCUAGGAAACAAUUCGAGGGUGUCGGUGCUCGUGUCCGUCGAUCCAUCGGACAUCCCGAACUCCGUAACUACGACCCUUUCUUCAUGCUCGACGAGUUCUUGGUCAACAAGAAUCGUGGCUUCCCUGACCACUCCCACCGCGGAUUCGAGACUGUGACCUACAUGCUCGAGGGUCAGUUCCAGUACGAAGGCUUUGCAGGACACAAGGGGACCAGUGGACCUAGCGACUUGCAAUGA